AUGAGGAACUUUACGUCAGUAUCAGCUUUACUUCUCUACGCCUGCAACUGGAUCUGUGUUUCAAGCUCUGAGACUCACAUUGUCGAAGUCCAGCGUGGUCAAAAUGUCACACUGCUCUGCUCCAACAUUUCCAAAGGGCCAACUUAUACAGAGUGGUUCAGAGUGGUCAACAGAACCAAGCCACGCUGCAUCUCCUCCAUGUUUGAUGCGAAUGGCAAAGCUUCAAACUGUGAUGGAUUUAAAAAUCGAUUUGAAAUGAGCUCCAACGUCUCUACUCUUUUCCUUAAGAUCAAGUCAACAGAAUUCUCAGACUCUGGACUUUACUUCUGUGGAAUUUACAUAGAUUCACAUACAGUCAUUCCCAGUACAACACAUUUAAUAGUUCAAGGAAGAAGUGAAGGAAUGACAGCUGUAAUCCUUGCUGGUCUGUGUGUUGUUCUCUCUGUGGUCAUCAUUGCUCUAUCGAUUAAAGUCAGGAAGCUUCAGACAGCUUUUACUAAGGACCAACAACCAAAGGGAAGUGAGAAUCUGGGCUCCAAUGACCUGCACUAUGCAGCCCUGAGUUUCCAGACAAAGCCAAGAAACCACAGAUACGCAUCAAAAAGACAGCUGGAGCCAAACGUGGUGUACUCUGCUGCUAGAUGA